UAUAACCGUAACUCUGCCACACAGCUCUGCUUAAACAGGAGGAGCGACGCUUGAUGCCCGUUUGUUUGUUAGAACCGUUAUUCUCAACAGUGAGACGCAGAGUCCUCGUGACAACGGCGCGUCGCGUCGCGCGCACAGAUAGAGCAAGGACCAUUGUGGGCGUUUCAUGACGCGCUGACUCGCGUGAAUUAUACAGGUAUCCAUUAAACGCGUAUCACUAUCUCGAAGAGCGACACGCUUUGUGUUUAGUCAGGUAAACAUCAUUGAGCACGAGCGGAGCAACUUUAUCAAAUCCAUCCCAAUGUGUGUCACGCGACUCAACUCAUCGUGACUGAAGAUGCAGAUCAACGUGACUGCUGGUAUCCUCUGGAGAUCUAAAGAGCCGUGAUCUGCUCAGCGGAGGAUCACAACACAGGAGGAGAUCCAGAGUUAACCAGCUGUCGGGAGAAGUCAGAUCUCUGGUGGACCUUUGCGAAGUUCCUCCUCACUUUUGCUUUCUCAUUACCUCGGACAUCUCGCGAUUUCGUGGAAUGCCGGACGCCCCUUCGGAGUAAAGUCAAUUGCGUUUGACCUCUGGCCUGUUGGAAACCUUAAGCUCUGAGAAAAUGAACUUUUGGUUAAACCGAGAUAGAAACAUGAUAACUACGAUGUCUUUGGUUGAAUUGAGACUUGCUGAGUGAACUUUACAACGGUGACUGGCAGGUAAUACAUUCAAUCUUAUCCAUUGGAUCCUGGAGGGCCCGAGCUUCAUCAAGGUGUUCAUCAUGGUGAUGUCCCAGGGCACCUACACUUUCCUGGCGUGCUUUGCUGGCUUUUGGAUGAUCUGGGCUCUCAUUGUCAUGCUCUGCUGCUUUUGCAGCUUUGCCCAGCGCAAGCUGAAGCGCAGACGUGAAGAGAGAUUGAGGGAACAAUGUCUGCGGGCUUUGGAGAUGGAGCCUCUGGACUGCACCGGAAGGGAGUUUCCUCCGAGAGAGGCGCCUCAGUUGUGCCCACCGCUUCAAAUGUUGUCUCCACAGGUGCCUGUGACCCAAACCCUCCCUCAAGGAAACUGGAGCAUCCCUGAAGCAGACACGGAUGUCUUCGGGAAGCCCCCUUGUUACGAAGAAGCCGUUUUGAUGGAGGACCCACCACCCCCUUACAGCGAAGUUCUGGCUGACCCCAGAGGUGGAACCUACACCAAACCUGCACCCAGGUCCUCCAGGGAACACCAAGAGCCCGAAACGAGCAAGUUAGCCCCGGUGACGGUGUUUCCCGGACACGGCUACUCCUCCCUCAUACGCCUACCGUCGACCAGACGAUGGGACUCGCUCGGACACCUCCUGUCCAGCAUGGACCUUAACCACAACAACCUGCCGUUGGAGCCUCAGGCCUCCGCGAUCGCCACAAUGCCCCGCGAGGGCCGGACUCACACGGACUUGGGCUUGCGGGGUCUUCACGGUCUGGAUCAACACUACGGUUUGCCCACAGCCUUUCCUCUUUUGGGCCGAAGCACAGCGGUUUAAGCCCUUGUUUGCGUGCUGAAAUAAGACCUGCAGUAGUGCUGAGUCACAAGUAGUCAGAGGAGUUUUCAAAUGUUGUCAAUUUUGGGAUCCAAAUAUGGUAAGGAUGAUUCACUUUGUCUCUAUAUUGUAUCAGAGAAAAAGAGAGAGAGAGAGGUUCGCUUUGUCAUCUUCUCUUUUCUCACUCGUCCUCGCUCUCCAUGGCAUCACUGCCUGAUGCAGAGCAGCAGCUAUUAUGUGAAUGCUGUUGCCAUGGUUACCUGGAGCUGUCUGCAGCCCACCAACGCCUUGCCCCUCACAUCCUCUCUUCCUCACUUCUCAUCCGUGGCUCACUGAUAUAAUACAAAUGACAUUUCAAACCCUGUCUUUGGAAACCAGGGUAUAACAUAGGACAGCAAAAUAACAGUGGUCGUACUGUAGCUACACGAUGCUGCUGAACUGCGAAGAUUGUCAUUUUAUAAACUGUGAAACAAAACAAUCUUUCAAGGUUCUCUAGAGACUUCUUUGAGUUAAAGCUUCACGAUAAUCAUUACAAGAUCAAGAAGAUUCCUAGAGCUGACUUAAGAAUGAUCUUUUCUUUUGGACAAAAUGUCUUACAAUACCUUAAAAACAAAGGUGCUUAAAAGGUUCUUUACAGCGAUGCCAUAGACAAAAGAUUUUUCAUUCUACAAAGAACCAUUCAGUCAAAGGUUCCUAACAAAAAACAUUUCUUAUGUUUUUAUUAUCUAAAAAAACUUUAUUUAAACAGAAAGGUUCUUCAGAUGUUAAAGAUUUUUUUAUGGACCCAUUCAGCUAAAAAAUAGUUCUUCCUUGACACCAUGAAGCCCCUUUAUUUUUAAAGGGGACAUUUCACAAGACUUUUUUAAGAUGCCAAAAAACCAUAUAGAUAAUUUAUUAUGUUAAAAUUGCCACUUUGAAGGUGUAAGCAAAAAUUUGCAGUUUUUAGGUGUGUCCUUUAAAAUGCAACACUGCAAAAAAUGACUUUCUUACUUAGUAUUUUUGUCUUGUUUUCAGUAGAAAUAUCUAAAAAUUCUUAAAUUAAGAUGCUUUAUCUUGAUGAGCAAAAUUACCUAAGUAAAUAAGU